CGCGGGUGCGGGGCUGUGCGGGCGGCGGCAGCGGCAGGGUUUGCCUGGGCUGGCCGAGCAUCCUCCAACUUGGAACUGUCCACCGGCGCGAGCUCCUGAACAUGAGCCUCCUGCCUCUCUACCUGCUCGGAUUGCUCCUCAGUGGCGGGCAAGCUUUACUUCAAGUUACAAUUUCACUUAGCAAAGUUGAGCUCAGUGUGGGUGAAUCCAAAUUCUUCACGUGCACAGCCAUUGGUGAACCUGACAGCAUAGAUUGGUACAAUCCCCAAGGAGAGAAGAUUGUUUCUAGUCAGAGAGUGGUUGUUCAGAAAGAAGGAGUUCGAUCACGUCUGACCAUUUACAAUGCAAACAUAGAAGAUGCUGGGAUAUAUCGGUGUCAAGCAACAGAUAAUAAAGGACAAACUCAAGAAGCUACUGUAGUUUUGGAAAUUUAUCAAAAGCUCACUUUUCGAGACAUAGUGUCUCCACAGGAGUUCAGGCAGGGAGAAGAUGCAGAAGUUGUUUGCCGUGUUACCAGUUCACCUGCUCCCAUUGUCAGCUGGUUGUAUCGGAAUGAGGAAGUCACAACUAUUGCUGACAAUCGAUUUGCAGUAUUAGCAAACAAUAAUCUCCAAAUUCUUAAAAUCAAUAAAAGUGAUGAAGGAGUAUACAGAUGUGAAGGAAGAGUGGAAGCGAGAGGAGAAAUUGACUUUCGGGACAUAAUUGUUAUCGUGAAUGUUCCCCCUGCAAUUAUUCUGCUACAGAAAUCCUUCAAUGCCACUGCAGACCGAGGAGAGGCAAUAACUUUGUUCUGCAGAGCCACUGGAUCACCUCCACCUGAAAUCAGUUGGUACAGGAAUGGCAAACUUAUUGAAGCAAAUGAAAAAUAUGUGCUGAGAGGAAGCAAUUCAGAACUAACCAUAAGAGAUAUUAAAAAUAUCGAUGCGGGUCCUUAUAUCUGCAAUGCUAAAAACAAAGCAGGAAAUGACAAAAAACAGACAUUCCUUCAAGUUUUUGUGCAGCCUCAAAUAAUACAACUUAAAAAUGAAACCACCUUUGAGAAUGGGAAAGCAACCCUCAUCUGUGAAGCAGAAGGAGAACCUGUCCCAGAGAUUACUUGGAAAAGGGCCUCUGAUGGAAUGACUUUCUCUGAAGGCGAUAAGAGCCCAGAUGGCCGUAUAGAAGUCAAAGGGCAGCAUGGAAAAUCGUCACUGCAUAUAAAAGAUGUGAAGUUGUCAGAUUCAGGGAGAUAUGACUGUGAAGCUGCAAGUAGAAUUGGUGGGCACCAAAAGAGCAUGUACCUUGAUAUUGAAUAUGCUCCAACGUUUGUGUCAAAUCAAACCAUGUAUUACUCUUGGGAAGGCAAUCCCAUCAAUAUAAGUUGUGAAGUGCUGGCAAAUCCCUCUGCCUCAGUUCAGUGGAGAAGAGGAAAAUUAGUUUUACCCAUAAAAAACACAACACAUCUGAAGACCUACAGUACAGGAAGAAAGCUGAUUCUAGAGAUUGCUCCCACCUCUGACAGUGAUUUUGGACGGUAUAAUUGUACAGCCACAAACAGAAUAGGAACAAGAUAUCAGGAGUAUACACUUGGUCAAGCUGAUGUGCCAUCAAAUCCGUAUGGAGUACGAGUUUUAGAGCUGUCCCAAACCACUGCCAAGGUUUCGUUCCAUAAGCCAGAGUCACAUGGAGGUGUUCCCAUUCACCACUACCAAGUGGAUGUAAAAGAGGUGACCUCAGAAACCUGGAAAAUAGUUCGCUCCCAUGGAGUUCAAACAAUGGUUGUUCUCAGCAACUUGGAACCAAAUACGACAUAUGAAAUCAAAGUAGCAGCUGUAAAUGGAAAGGGUCAAGGAGAGUAUAGCAAAAUUGAGAUCUUUCAGACCUUACCUGUCCGGGAGCCAAGUCCCCCUUCAAUUCAUGGACAACCUGAAAGUGGCAAGAGUUUUAAACUUAGCAUAACUAAACAAGACGAUGGAGGUGCCCCCAUACUGGAAUAUAUUGUCAAAUACAGAAGUAAAGACAAGGAAGACCAGUGGCUAGAGAAAAAAGUGCAGGGUAGUAGAGACCACAUCAUCUUAGAGCACCUUCAAUGGACCAUGGGGUACGAAGUACAAAUUACAGCUGCCAACAGACUGGGUUAUUCUGAACCAACACUGUAUGAAUUCAGCAUGCCACCAAAGCCCAACAUUAUUACAGACACUCUUUUUAAUGGUCUUGGACUCGGUGCUGUCAUUGGCCUGGGAGUGGCAGCCCUUUUAUUAAUCCUGGUUGUGACUGAUGUAAGCUGCUUCUUUGUACGACAAUGUGGAUUGCUAAUGUGCAUCACUAGGAGGAUCUGUGGGAAGAAGAGUGGUUCAAGUGGAAAAAGUAAAGAAUUGGAAGAAGGAAAGGCUGCUUACUUGAAAGAUGGAUCAAAAGAGCCAAUAGUGGAAAUGAGAACAGAGGAUGAAAGAAUUACCAAUCAUGAAGAUGGGAGUCCAGUAAAUGAGCCAAAUGAGACAACUCCCCUCACAGAACCAGAGAAACUGCCACUAAAGGAGGAAAAUGGCAAAGAAGCUUUAAAUCCAGAAACCAUAGAAAUCAAAGUUGCUAAUGACAUCAUCCAGUCAAAAGAAGAUGAUAGCAAAGCAUAAUAAGAUAAACUACAGCUGUCUGGAUAAUGCAUUUGGAUUGAAGUAAUCCCGUGACCAAAACUUUACAGCUGACCUUAAUUUCUUGGGAAACUUAAGCUUGGAAUAGUUAGUACGUGUGUACAUAUGAUGAAACAGUUCCUGUCUACAGUUUCUUUCUAUUUUUUUGUUAAUGGUUUUAGUAUGUAGUUUUGCUGACACCAAGUCCCAUGGUAUAAAUUUGACAAAUCCGCAGAAUAAGAACUGUAAUUUAUUUUGUGAAAAAUUAUGCCUAUUUAGAAGAAAAGUUGCAGAGCACCCCUAGCCACAAAGAGCAUAUCAGGUCUCUCCAGAUCUUACAGUGCAAGCUACACACAUAAAGUGCCAUAUGCUACUGUAUUUAUUUCCAUUUAUAAUAAAAUUAAAGUUUAGGUUGCCUUU